AUGUCUCGAGGCCAAAGCCACCAGCACCAUCUAUACCACGACCACGGCUUCUCCCACAUCCCACGUGCCCAUCACACCUCCUUCUGCCAUCACUGGGGGGGGGAUAUUGUGAAUUUCAUGGAAUACAUCAAGUAUCUGCUAACAAUGCAGUUAAACCGAUCUGUAGAAAUUGAAAAAACCUAUAUCACCGAACCAACCUUCAGCUUCUGUAUAGGAUGUAAUUCUGUGGCGAGCGUUAAAUCGCUCUGUUGCCCCGAGACCACCCUGGGGGAUUACCAUCUGAAGAAGGAUGAGGUGCUGAGCUCCACUACCAACACCUACAAGGUUCUGGAGUUUUUGGGGAGAGGAACCUUCGGACAGGUCGUGAAGUGUAAAAGGGGGACCAACGAAUCAGUGGCUGUGAAGAUCUUGAAGAACCACCCUGUGUAUGCCAAGCAAGGCCAGAUUGAAGCCAAAAUCCUGGCCCGGCUGAGCAGGGAAGGCCCUGAUGAGAACAACUUUGUGAAAUUAUAUGAGUGCUUUCUACACAAGAACCACAUCUGCCUUGUGUUUGAGAUGCUCCAUCAAAGCCUCUAUGAUUUCAUGAGGGAGCGUACGUUCAGCCCACUGCCCCUUAAACACAUCCGACCUGUCCUGCAGCAGGUGAGCACGGCCCUCAUGAAGCUGAGAAGCCUGGGGUUGGUCCACACGGACCUAAAGCCAGAGAACAUCAUGCUGGUCGACCCCCACAGGCAGCCGUACAGAGUGAAAGUCAUUGACUUUGGAUGUGCCAGUAACAUCACCAACUCUGUAUGUGCCGGCAACCUGCAGACCAUUUACUACAGGGCUCCUGAGAUCAUCUUGGGGCUACCAUUCUGCGAGGCCAUUGACAUCUGGUCCUUGGGCUGUGUCAUCGCUGAGCUCUUUUUAGGGUGUCCUCUGUACCCAGGAGAAUCGGACUACGAUAUGAUCCGUUACAUCUCGGACACUCAGGGUUUACCGGCGGAGCGUCUACUUAGCACCGGGACAAAGACCACCCGCUUCUUCCAUCGGAGCAGAUAUUGUCCAUACCCGCUGUGGAGAUUAAAGACCCCUGAAGAGCAUGAAGCGGAGACCGGCGUUACUUCCAAGGAGACCAGAAUGUACAUCAUUAAUAGUCUGGAGGACAUGGCUCAGGUAGUGGUGGCAUCGGAUUUGGAAGGGAGCGAUUUGCUGGUGGAGAAGUCAGACAGACGCGAAUUCAUCGACCUGCUAAACAAGAUGCUGAGUAUGGAUGCGGACGAAAGAAUAACAUCUAGCGAGACUCUCAACCACCCCUUCGUGACCAUGGCCCACCUGCUGGAUUUCCCGCGUAGCUCACAUGUAAAAUCCUGUUUCCAGAGCAUGGAGAUCUGUAAGCGGCGGGUCAACCAGUCCAAGAUGCCCUUCAUGACACCUGUGGCCCCCAGAACCUCCACCAACCUGACUAUGACUUUUAACAAUCGGAUUGACACUGUGCACAGCCAGGCAUGGCCCGGCGGCACACAACAGAUCCUGUUUUCCCCGGCCUGGCAACAACUGGCCGGUGUGGCAGACUCCCCGCAGCUGGCAGAUUGGAGGGAUUCCUCUCACUACCAGGUCUCGUCAUCCCUGUUUGUCAGUUCUCCCGAACAGCAUCAACAAAUGAACGAGAACACAUCUCCUUUCUGGUCGGUGCCCCAGAGUUCUUCCCCUUAUAGCCCCUUCAUUAACUGUGGCUGGGGAGAAAGCUCUAUUACCGGGUGCCUUGACCACCAGCUGCAAACAGUCACGAUUCCUGACGCAUACAGUCAUGAGGACACAACCCCUUUUUGGUCGGUGCCCCAGAGUUCUUCCCCUUAUAGCCCAUCCAUCACCUGUGGCUGGGGUGAAGGCUCUGUAAGCAGAUCUCCUGACCAUCAAUGGCAACAAAUCUGGAUUCCCGACACUGUCUUCAACAUCGACAGUGACUCCGGUGAGGAGAAAGAACAAAGGCAAGCGGCCCCAUGGAAUAUCCCUGACUACAGGGUCUGGUCAUCUCCGUUUGUCAGUUCUCCCCAACAGUCUAAUCGAGUGAACACAACCCCUUUUUGGUCAGUGCCCCGGAGUUCUUCCCCUUAUAGCCCAUCCAUCACCUGUGGCUGGGGUGAAGGAUCUGUAAGCAGAUCUCCUGACCAUCAAUGGCAAAAUAUCUGGAUUCCGGACACUGUCUUCAACAUCGACAGUGACUCCGAUGAGGAGCAAAGGCAAGUGGCCUUAAGCCUCCUAAAUCAGGACAGGAACGCAAUCGGCUGUGCCACCGUUCCCGAUUCGCCUUUCUCAGGUUCUUCUAGCGACAGCUGUCCCUAUGGAGCCAUCGGGCAGCGACCUGGCACCAAUUCUACUGCCCAGGAGAGCAGAUGCCAACCAGAGAGCGCCUGUCCUGCCAACCAUCGCACGAUCCUUCUACCACCUCUGAGACAGCCAGAUACAUCCAGCCUCUAUGGAUAUGAACCGGAGUUGUCAGACUUCUUCUAUUCAUCGUUGGCUUCGGCUUUUCCUGCCUCCAGUGACACUGUGGGAACGUCGGCGUCUCGGCAGCCACGUGCCGGCAGGCAGUCCUUCCAACAACAGCCAAUUUAUCUGAGCCAGAUGUCUCAGCACCACAUCUCAGAGCGUACAAGCAGCCACCGAAAGCAACGAGUCUACUUAACCCGCCGGCGUGCCAAGGCUCCGUAUUACGUCCCUCGUGGAAGCACCAGCCGUGGAGCCAUUCGCCAUCGCCUGGCGGCUGAAGCUCACCUUCCCGGCCAGCCUGACCUGUGCACCUAUACCGCACCUCAGGCGCCGGGUCCCAUCGGAACAGUUGCUCACCACGUGGCUUCCCAAGGAUCGGCGAUGCAUGCUGCAUACCACACCAGCAACAUACCUGUUAGCAUGACCCCAGGAUUAUUUCCCUACCCCAGCCUCCACCCUGGCCAGUACCAGGCCCAGUUUGACCAUCAGACUUUCAUCCCAGCCUGCUUCACUUCCAGCGUUUACACCGGAUACCCGCUAAGCCCACCUGAUACUGUCUAUCAGUACCCUUACAUAUAGGGCUCAGGUGGUGGGGUAGAGGCAGUUGCUUUUGCGGAUAAAACGUCUAAAUAGAUCAACAUCUUAUCUGGAGGCCUACGGGGUUAGCGUGGGUCAAAUUUUAGUUAGGAUAAGAUUUAGUUAGGAUAAGAAUAAAAAAAUUAAAAAAAA